AUGAAAGUAGGAUUAGAGCAACAACAUUUAACAAUUUUAAAAGCAUCAACCUUUUUCAAUGAUAUUUGUUGUGAUGCUGAAAGAUUUUAUUUGGUUACCAAUAUCGAUGGUAGAUCUGAUGAAUACUUGAAGCAAGUCGUCAAAGAUUUUAAACAUCAAAAUCAAUCAUCACCACAACUAUUACUAGAACAACCACAACAGCAACAACAACAAAAGGAACCUAAAAAGUCAUGGAAAUUGGUUGGAAAGACAAACCAAAUAGUUGAAUUGAUGGAAAAGUAUCCUCCAACACAUUACAUCUUUGGAUCGACAUACAACUCUAAAAACAUUGAAGAGCUGGUGUUACAUACUUGGAAUAAGGGACUGCGUCUCUUCUUCAAAGCACCUUAUUUGAUGGGUGACCGAACCGACAGAUUUCAGUGGGGAGUUGCUGGUUGGUUUCACGGUUUGGAAGACAUGCAAGACAAGAACAAAUGGAUUCAAUUCCACCAAUCACUUGAUGCCAAUGGCCACAUGGUUAGAAUUGCUGAUGCAGAUCAACAACCACUAUUGGAUGAUAUAAAUAAUAAUAAUAAUAAUAAUAAUGAUAAACCAAAUGAUGAUGCAAUCAGUAUUUAA